AUGUUUAAGCUCAACGCGUUGGCACCGGCAUCACCCACGGUCGUCCACGUGGCGCCGAAGAAGAGCACGCAGCUACAGAUCUUCCGUCACCCGACGACACGAACAAAUGGGCGGUGGCUCACAGCGCCGCGCAUGCUACUGGCAGUGUGGCUCUUCCAAGGAGUGCUGCCGCUGAUACUGCAGACUCGAAGUUACCUCAAGUUCAUCCAGCCCCACACGAUACCCGAGAAACUUGUGGCGCCGCCUGACAUACCUAAGGAGACCGCGAAUAUAACGGAGCACUGUCCAGUGAAGGCGUUCAUCUUGGCUGGAGUGUGGUGGAACCACGACCCCACACACUACUACAGAGUCGGCAACUCUACCAUCUGCCACGUUGUGGUGCCGCAGUACAACACGCACGGGAACUACGUUAUCGGGGGAAGUAGAACGACCCCUUAUCGCACAGCCCCGUCAAGUUGCGCCGACGUCAGCUUCCCCUUUGAGAUCUACCUGUACCACGCCAGUAUCGGGUUCUACUCGUUCUACGAAGGGGAGAUCGGAACCUACUGCACUACGGAUCAAAUCGCCUACAUGGCUGUAGACGUCCUUGGAACGUACGAUAUCAACGGCAAGUUCCUGGCUGAAGACACUGGAAGUACGAAGCCUCGAGUCUCGUUCUGGUACGGAGUCGCUGGGGCAAUGUGGCUGGUGUACCGCUCGCUUACGAUCCACCGAAGUUUCGUAUCCUGCAUCCGCUACGGACGAAGACGCGAGGAAAUGGGCGAAACCCUCCGCCAACAUGAGGCCAUGGUGUUUGUGCAGGAAAGUUUGCGACUCAUCCGCUUAACUGCGCACGGAGCGACGAAUUACCAGCGCACAGCUCUGCUUUACCUGAUCGUGGAAGGAAUUAUGACGGACUUGUUCCUGAUCAUCGCCAACGAUGGGUGGAUGUCCCGAGUGCAGUACGCGUCCAUGGGCUACAACUUGUCCGGGCUGAUGUUGCUGCUGUUCGAGAUGCUCGAGAAUACGAAUCUGCUGAAGGAAAAGUGGCGGCUGAGGAUCAAGAGAACCUUCUUCAGCUACGAGACGGCUCUGAUCGGGGAAUUCGUGAGCGCUCUGGUGUUUCAGAUGUUCCUCUCGGGCUUGAAUGGGUCAGACUUGAAGCGGUCGAAGCCUACAGCGCUCGCAGUGUCGUACUACUUCUGGAGUUUAAUCUGUCACGCCAUAGUGGUGGUUUGUGUCGUGUCCAUCAUCUGCAGCGUGAGGGUUCCGUGGGCGUUGCUAUACGUGUGGUCCAAGCACCAGUCACUAGCAGUAUUGUCGGAACCAUGCUGUGUUGACACCGCUCUAGGCGUGCGCAGUCGAGUAAUGCUGCUUGGAGGCUACAGAUGGGAUGAGGGGAAACUCUACUACGAAACGGCGGCGCUGAAAGCCUUCGGGAUGCUCAAGAUGGAGGAGAACGGGGUGGAGUACUUGGUCAUGCACAAACUCUACUGGUUCACAGUGCCGAGGGACAAUUUGAUCGGGAUCGGAGUCAUUACCGGCCCCCGCGUGGAGCCCUGCAACGAGAGACCGUGCACGGGCAUCGUCAGCUUCCUAGACAGGAGGCUUGGGGGUGCUUCCAUUCAGACGGACUGCCAUCAACGAUCUCCGAGUAAACGCACAGUGCAAGUAUUGGCAAUGUCCGAGAAACUAGACGAAAUCCCAGAAGCACCAAACGAACUGGCGUAG